AGUCAUUUUGUGGUCUUGGAGGUCGGAGAAGCGCUCACUGCAGAGGAAGCAGGAGUAUCAUGUCCAGAUACGGACGAUACGGAGGAGAAACCAAGGUUUACGUUGGUAACCUUGGAACAGGUGCUGGGAAAGGAGAACUAGAACGGUCGUUCAGUUAUUACGGACCAUUGAGAACUGUUUGGAUUGCUAGGAAUCCUCCAGGGUUUGCCUUUGUGGAGUUUGAAGAUCCGAGAGAUGCGGAAGAUGCUGUCCGUGGACUGGAUGGCAAGGUAAUUUGCGGCUCUCGAGUUAGAGUUGAGUUGUCAACAGGAAUGCCUAGGCGGUCUCGUUACGACAGGCCACCGGCCCGUCGCCCUUUUGAUCCUAACGACAGGUGUUAUGAAUGUGGUGAAAAGGGUCAUUAUGCCUAUGACUGUCAUCGCUAUAGCCGCCGUCGAAGAAGCAGGUCCAGAUCUAGGUCUCACUCAAGGUCCAGGGGUCGGAGGUACACUCGCUCACGAAGCAGAAGCCGGGGAAGGAGGUCAAGAUCUUUCUCCCCUCGUAGAUCUAGAUCAGUUUCACCCAGGAGAUCGAGAUCAGCCUCCAAGAGAUCCAGGUCUAGAUCAAGAUCUAGGUCCAGGUCAAGGUCUGCUUCAAGACCUAGGAGCAGGUCUGAAUCUGUUCCAAGGUCGAAGUCCGGCUCUGAACCCAGAAGCCGGUCAAAAUCCAGAUCAUCGCCUCCAAAGCGAAGCCGCUCACCAUCAGGAAGUCCCCGUCGGAGCGAAAGCCCUGAAAGAGAUGACUAAAUUUUUAA